UGAGACAGAUUUUUCAAAUUAGAAAAAGCUCUCUAUUUUCCUCUUCCAAACCCCAAAAAGCUCUCAAACUUUUAUUUAAAUUUCUAGUUUCCCUAUAUUUUUUCUCCGGUCUGAUUCUUGUUUUUAUUUGCAAAUCUCUCUGCAUUUCCCUUAAACUUCUGUUAUCCAACGUUAGUUCUCUAGGGUUUCAAUUCAUUCCAACUCAGAAAUCCACCGACUUUUUUGAAAAUGCAGAGAGAUUCGAGGAACGAGAACGAUCAGGAACUGCUCGAGGGUUCUGCUCCUUUGAAGAAAUGCCGUACCGAUGAGGGUUCCAUCCCAAAGAAGGACAUUCCGGCAAUUUCAGCUCAAACGCCGUUUAACCCGCCAAGUUUAUUCGAGAGUCUCAAGGCCAAGUAUCCCCGCUAUGCAGACGCUUUUGACCGUGUUAGGGACGAAACGGAGGAUCUCUGGAUUUCUGAAAUGUACGUGAGUGAGAGCAUGUAUAUGUUCGAGAAUUUCGCAAGCAUUGCAGAGUUAGGGGAAGCCGCGGAGCAGCUUCUUCGACAGGAAAAGCUCAAGUACCUAGAAGCCGAGAAGGUCUGUGCAUCUCUCUUUGAACGUUAUUCCAAACAGAAAUUGGCCCUCAAAAAGGCAACUUCGAGAGCGUCUAGCGCUGAGGCGAAGUAUGAUGCUCUUCGAAAGGAGCAUGGAAAUUUGGUCGCGACUUUAUCUGAGUAUCAAAGUUGCGCCAAGACACUUGAGGCGGAGAAACAGGCUCUGGAAGAGGAGAAGAAGGGCUUCCUUGUAGUGCUUGAGGCGGAGGAAAAGGCGCUGGAAGAGGAGAAGAAGGGCUUCCUUGUAGUAUUUGAGGCGGAGAAAAAGGCGCUGGAAGAGGAGAAGAAGGGCUUCCUUGUAGUAUUUGAGGCGGAGAAAAAGGCGCUGGAAGAGGAGAAGAAGGGCUUCCUUGUAGUACUUGAGGCGGAGAAAAAAGCGAUGGAAGAGGAGAAGAAGGUGUUCUUGGAAGAGAAAAUAGUUAUCGAGCAGGGGAUUGAUGCUGCACUAGAAGAGAGCCGCACGAUAUCUGGGGACAGAGCAGAAAUGUAUGAUGAAUUCAACGCCAUUCUGGAGGCAAUGAUUGAACAGAUAAGGGCCAAGGCCAAAGUAUUCCAGAGACAGCGAAUGGCUCUCACGGCCAAGGGGUUAAUGCAGGGGAUGAGAAAGUCGGGUGAGAAUUGAGUUUGCUUCUGGCUCAGAAAUUAUUUUGCUCUACAAGUGCCUCAUGCAUGCAAGUUAGUAUAAAGUUAUAAUUGUUCUUAUUAGUCUUGUGUAUAUAUAAUUAGUUAGUUGUUUUUUGGGCAGUAGAUACAUGAGGAUUCAAGCUUGUACUAGUGUUAUUUUGUCUAAUUAGUAGAACUAAGCAAACACUGCA